GUUCCUCUUGCUAUAUAACGAGGAAGAGUGGAGUUAGAUAAGGUAGUAGUUAACAUGGCGUUCGUCCGAGCUCCUCGUUCCUUCCUCCUGCUGGCGAUCGUCCUUCAGGUGGCGAGAUGCACAGAAAGGCCCAUUAUUGGAAUCUUGGCCCAAGAAGGGCUUUCCGCUAACACAUCCUACAUAGCUUCAUCCUACGUGAAGGCCGUGGAGAGCUCAGGCGCCAGGGUUGUCCCUAUAUUCCUCAAGGGAUCGAUCUCGGAUUACAGGGAUCUGCUGAACAAGAUAAAUGGCGUCGUGCUUCCUGGCGGUGCUGCACCAUUUCACACUGAAGGAGGCUACUUUGAGACUGCUGCGAGGAUAUAUUCUCUUGCCAAAGAGAUGGAAAGGGGAGGGAUCAAGUUCCCCAUCCUGGGUGUGUGCCAAGGGUUCGAAGCUCUGGCCUUGAUAUCCAACAACAUGGUGUCGGAGACACUGACCCGGUGCAAUGGCAUGGACCACGUGAUGCUGCCGCUCGAGUUCAAGCCUGGCUUCAGGAAUAGCAAACUCUACGGCGACGCAUCUGAAGACAUCAUCACAACACUUGCAACUAUGAACGUCACUCCAAAUUACCACUUGUGGUGCGUCAGACCGGCCACUAAAUUGAGGGAGCCAUGGACAAUACUGUCAGUAAAUAAAGAUGCCGAUGGAUUGGAGUUUGUGUCCAGCAUGGAAAAUGGAAAUUUCGCCGGUGUCCAAUUCCAUCCCGAGAAAUGCGCUUACGAGUGGCGUAAGACGAAUCCCUCAUUCAAGAAGGCGAUAGAGGCUGCCCGCCACUUCUACGACUGGUUGGUCGCCGAGGCCCGGUUGAACGACAACCACUUCCCAACACCUGAGGAGGAGGAUAAACAUCUCAUCUACAACUACAACCCCGAAUUCUCCGGCAAGAUUGGAAGUGCUUUUGAGCAGAUCUACAAAUUCAACUGGUGACGUCAGUUGUAGCAAAAGUUUGUUGAACAGAGUUUAAGAAAUAAAUUGUUCUUUACAAUACGCGUUUUUUACCUGAAAUAUCAAAUCAACCUGUGUUUAGAAAUUUGAAAGUGUUGUAUUUUUCCUGAAUAAACUACAAAUGUCUCAGAUAAAUUAAGAUUUCAAUUGUUUCCCUCUUGCAAUAAAGAGUGAACCAAGUACAAUGACAUACUCCAAUCAAAUUGUACCAAAAAUUCUAGAACUGUUACAAAAUAAAGCUAGUUAUAAUUUAUUUGAAAUAGAAAAACCAAAUAAAACUUUUAACUCUUUUUCUUCCUGUGGCGGAGAGAAGUAAAAUUGUUCAACCUUGUGUCAACCCAGACAUUAUAUAAAAAAAUUGCAACCAUCUUAAUUUUUGUAAUCAUUUAUAAAAUUUGACUGGAAAAAUACUGUUUAAAGUAUUUAUUUUUAGCUUUAUUUUUU